GUUGUUGCUAUUAGACAGUAAUAUGUCGGAAGCCGAGGUUCCACGUGAAUCUGCUGUCACAAUGCUUGAUGUCCAGGCUCUGAUUGCCAAGAAGGAUGAGAUCGAAGCACAGAUUAAGGCUUACUACGAUGUACUGGAGGAUCAAAAAGGAAUCGGUAUGGAUGCACCGCUCAUAGACAGAGAAGGAUACCCAAGAGCUGAUGUAGACAUUUAUCAAGUUCGCACUGCAAGGCACAACAUUGUCUGUUUGCAGAAUGAUCACAAAGCCAUCAUGAAAGAAAUUGAGGAGGCUCUUCACAAUUUGCACUCCCGAGAGAAAGAGAAACGCAAUAAGGAUGAUGCUGAAGCCCAGGCAGAAGCAUGUCUUCAGAAUUUGCCCGAAUCUUUCGCCCAAAUAGAUGCAGUUACUCCAGGAUCUCCAGCUAAUCUAUCUGGCCUGCAAGUUGGAGAUGAGGUUGUUGCAUUUGGAUCAGUAAAUGCAAGUAAUUUCCAGACAUUACAGAACAUUGCCAGUGUUGUGCAACACAGUGAGGGGAAGCCAUUAAGUAUCACAGUUGUGCGAGAUAACAAGUCUGUCAAUAUAAGUCUCACGCCACAGCGAUGGAGUGGAAAAGGACUUCUGGGGUGCAAUAUUAUUCCAUUAAAAAGAUGAAAUGGAUGCCAAAACCAAAAUUUUUCAUCUUUUCCAUGUCUUUAUUAUUACUUUAUCUCCAGGUUUAAGGUUACAGUGAUGGUGAACAUUAUAUAGCUUUGAAGCUUCAAACUGCUGCAGUGCAUUGUGCUUUUGGAAUCUAGUUUAUAACAUAAUAUUUGUUAGUUUGGAUGUGUUCUUUAUUUGGUAUGAAUUAAAACAUUCUCUCUCUGUCA